GCCACCAGGGCGGUUCCCGGGGUCUCGGCGCGGCGCCGGCGGGCGGGCGGCAGCCGGGACGCCACGGUGGCGGGUCCGAAUGCCGGCAGGAUGGUGCUGGUCCCCAUCGCGGCGCUCUGGGCCCUGGCUCCCCUCCUCGCCCGGGCAGACCAGCCCGCUGUCACCAUCACGGCGGCCGUCGGCGAGGAUGCCUGCCUGCCCUGCGGCACCCAGCCCUGGGGACACCUGCGUGGGGUCACCCUCACCUGCACCCAGUGGGCUGGCACCCACCAGCCCGUCCCCGUCCUCACACACCGCCUGGGCUGGCACCCACCGCCGGAGCUGGGCUGGCACCCGCCGGAGCAGCCGGAGAGCCGGUACAGGGGCAGGGUCGGGUUCUGCGCCGCGGGGCCGGGGGACGCCGGCGUGUCCCUGCUGCUGAGGAACCUCAGCGAUCCCGAUUUCGGGAAUUAUUCCUGCUACGUGGCUGGUGCCGCCGCCGCCCCGCAGCUCCUCUGCAGCCUGGUCCUGCAGCCCGCCGGGGCAGAGGUCCCAAAGAACGCGGAGCCGGACAUGAUCAUGGUGGUGUGUGUCCUCACCGCCGCCUUCACCGUGGUGGCCAUCGGGGUCCUGGUCUGCUGCCGCUGCGGGAAGCGGUGCUGCAGGUGCCGAGCCCAGGGGGCCAGAACUGCGGAUGGAGGAGGAGGAGGAGGGGCGGUGGCCUUGGGUGACCUGAAGAGUCUCAGCGCCUGAGGGCACCGCAGCCCCACGGAGCCCCGCGUGUCGCCCGGUGCAGG